GCCAGAAGCUGUUGAUUGCUGGCCCCGGCACAAAGAUCGUGGUGAAGUUUCGUCCUUUGUAAAUGAGGGAAAGCUGAAAGAAGCUUUGCUUCAUGAAUUCGAUUUCGGCCAAUGCAGUCUAAUGUUAACAGAUCAUCAAAAUGGAAAUACUAGUGGACUCAAAGCAUUCAGAAUUCUUGUAGCAAGGUCACGUACGUGCGGGUCACAGGAAUGUUUGCGCCGCAGCAGCCUCAUGCUCCAGCAACAACUAAGCAAGACACUAGUUCAAAAGUGACAAUUGCCGCACUUAGUCGCAACCUGCUUACAUCCAUACGCACUGUUGACAAAUUACUCUGACCGCUUGGAUGUUGAACAAGAGUGGACCUUCAUUGGGACAUGGUCCAUAUUGAAUCUGGACCGACGUUGCGUGCAGUACUGAGUGAGGCUCGACCCACCUGGAGCGAAAAGGAUUUGGCAGCUGUGGAGGAGAAGCUCUCGCGGGUUGGUGUGACAACUGCAGAAAAGCUGGCAGAGCUGCUCUCUAAUGGGCUCAACAAGCGUCUACUUGCUGCGGGGCAAAAGGCCUUCAACAGUGAGACUUUGGCAGCUUUAAGGCAGCGCCUUUCUCGAGAGAGCCCAACACAGGACAAAGAUGACUGUGAACAGCAGGCACGACAAGCCCAUGCAAGUGAAGGAUGUCAGUCAACAUUCUCCAGUGGCAGAGAAGGAAAUGAUUGCAAGCAGGACCUGGGCUCCAACAAUUCCAGGCAGAAGAAGCCAGUUGAACCAAAGCCCAGCGAAGCCAGCUUUGUGCAGACCACUUUCUCACCAUCAGCGCCAUUUGGAAGACAGGAAGCUCUCGGUGAAACCCCGCUUAUCAAAGCAGUGAGGCAGACUGAUGUGCGCACUGUGCAAUACUUGCUAGAGCAUCGGUCCAAUCCGAACGAAAAGGACAACUUCGGUGAAACGGCUUUGAUGGAAGCAGCUGCCGUUGGUCAUCCACAGCUUUGCAAAAUCUUGCUGGAAAAUUGUGCCAACGUAGCGUACAAGUCUCCCACAGGGCUUUCUGCUAAAGACUUUGCAUCAGAGCAUGAAGUCCUUUCGCAUCUUUUUGCAGUGCCUGGAAAUUACUGGCUCGACAGAGGUCUCAGGCUGGCUGCUCGCCAGCACAACUUAGGCAAGGCGGAUCUAUUGCUGAAAAGAGUCAAGGAGGAGAAACAGCCGAUCGAUGUGAACAAGGCAGAUGGAAAUGGCUUUACGCCACUGCAUGUUUGCACGGCGAGAUCUCCUGACUCCUCCGAUGGGCUUGGCUUUGCAAAGCUAUUGCUCGAAGAGAAAGCGAUUGUCAAUGCCACAAAUCUCCUGGGAGAGACCCCGCUGAUUCUUGCCACGCGUGCAUCUGCUGAUACGAAGAACAAGUCCUGCCGCCUUAGCAUUGUGAAGCUACUUUUGGAAAGCCGCGCAGCAGUAAAUACGUCCGAUUCAGUUCUGCAUGAGACACCUCUCAUGGAGGCGGCAGGCAUAGGAGAUUCUGAACUUGUGCUCACACUGCUCCGGGCUGGUGCAGAUCAUUUGCGCAGCAGCGCCAGUGGUCAAACAGCCCUGGACUUCGCCCGGGCAGAAGAGGUGCAGUGGAUGCUCAAGAACCCAAUGCAAGCCACCUCAGGAUCACCUUGGCCAAGUGCUCCCAGACCUCAACCGAAUGCACCUGUGCCUCCUCCAGUGGCACAGCCCAAGACUCCGCUCUUCACCAAGACGCAACCUCUCUCUGGAUAUUUUACAGGGGGUACCAAAGCCGGACCAUCGAAAGGCCUCCCAGAUGCAAGGUUGCCAAGCCUCACAGAGGAGACUGCAAAGCCUUCACAGAAUGGCGGUGCAAUGCCAAAGCUUCCGCAGACUUAUGCAGAAAGGUUACAGAGGCUACUUGCCAAAUAUCCGGGCUUUGUAGGUUCUGGGGUGGACAUGCCCAGCCAUGCAUGGCAGUGGACAAAUGAAGAGCUGGAACUAUUCAUUGGUAGCAUGGGCCAGUUCUGGCCGCCGAAUCGAGCUAAACCCAGCAUGAAGCCACCACCAAAUGCAGGCAGGAAAGCGCCGCCGCCAGAUCCUUGGGACCGUCCUCGACCUUCCCUGCGACCCUUCUACGAGGUCUUGGGUCUGCCAGAUGGCACAAAGAAUCAUCAGGUCCUCAAAAAGGCAUACCGGUGGUGUGCUCAGCUGUCGUUUGCUCUUCUUCAGCUGCGACGUGUGUCAAAAGUGAGGCAAGCGGCCCUGAAAUGGCAUCCAGACAAAAACCCGAACGAUCCUCAUGCUGCCAGCAAUUUCCAAAAGGCCUGCAACGCGUUUGAGCAGAUUUGCAAGGCGCUUGGGCUUGGCAACCUCUAAUCCUGCACCACAGGAAAAGCCGACGCAGGUCGAGGUGCAAAGCUCUUCUGAAGAAUCCCGACCAGAAAGGGAGCAAUGGCAUCUCCAUUCUUGAUUCAGAGAUGUCAAGAAAGGGACAAGUGAUUUUUCCUUGGGCUUGCGUGAGACAUUUGUUCUUCUUGAGGUUGCAUGGUGUUGCCA